AUGGAUAAUUCAUUUAUACCGAAAGAAUUAAUUGGAAAAGAUAUUUAUAAAAUACUAGGUUUGAAUAUAAGUGAUUCAAAUAGAGAAAAUAUAAAAAAUAUUAUUAGAAAAAAAUAUUUAAAAUGUGCUUUAAUAUUGCAUCCGGAUAAAAAAGAGUUUAAUUUUAAAGUAGAAGAAAAAGAUAAAUAUGCAGAAAAUUUUAGUAUAUUAAAAAGCGCUUAUGAAUUUUUAAUGAAUGAAAAACUAAGAAAAAAAUAUAAUUUGUAUAUGCAAAAGAAAUUAAAAAAGAACGUACCUAUAAAUAAUACAAGUUUAAAUAGAUUCUUGGACAAAAAGAAAUUUCUAUCAUGCCAAAAUCAAAAAUUAAUUUACAAAAAGAAAUUAGAAGAAAAAGAAAAGUUAAAAUAUAUUCCCAAUAAAAAUGAAAGUGAACAAAGCAAUUCAAACGAAGAAGUAAAUUUAAAAAAAAUUAAAAAGGAAAAUGAAGAAUUUAUGAAAAAAAGUGUACAAGAAAAUAAUAAAAAGAAAAAAUAUAUUCACGAUAAUGAUAAAUUAAUUGAAAUUUAUUUAGAUAAUUAUGAUAACAAUAUUAAUUUAUUGAAGUUAUAUAUUAAAAAAAAAUAUAUUUUGAACUUUUUUAUUAAUUUUAACUUUUUAAAAUAUUAUCUAAAUUUAAAUGAUGAAGAAAAAGAAAAUAAAAGAAGAGUUGGAUAUAUAAUAUUUAGUCAUCGUUUUGAAACAAUAAGAGCUUAUAUAUACUAUAAAAAAAAUUUAGAUAAAAUUAAUAGUAAUUUCAAGUUAAAAUUAUUAAUUCCUUGCAAUGAAGAUAAAGAAAUGUAUAAUCAAAAAAUACAGGAAUCAGAAAAUAUCGAUCAAAUGAUGAAUGAAAUGGUAGAUGAAUUAGAUAAAAUUUUUUCAGCAUAA